AUGCUAAAGUAGACCUUUGGUGCCUACAGAGCAAAAAUUUUAGUAAAUGCAUAAUUAAUCAAAUUUCCCAUUUAUAAAUGGUAUAUUUUUACAACUUUUUUAUAAAAUCCGAACUCCGUCUCCGACUUAAUCUCUUCAUCAGCCUUGUUUGGAUCUCUUUCGGUUUCUGCCACUAACUCAUCAUCGGUACCCUACAAAUAUAAUCAACCUCCUUCAUUAAUUAUCGGAGAUCGGAGAGGAGGAACUCCGUUUAGCUCAUUUGCCGGAUAAACAGUUACUUCACUCGCAACAGAUUGAGUUUGGUUUCUAACCAUUCUUGCUGGUAAGAAAAAGAUUUGCUCUAUAGGCGUACAGACUACAUGCUCAUACUACAUAUUCACCUUUGCUUUAAGGCAUACAGACCCAUUUUUUUUGUUUAUCUUUAAUCUUAAGAAGCCCCAUAGAUGAGGUACGUGAAACCCUUGAGCUUAUUCCAAGACUUGCUUAAGACUAAUGGACUUGAACGUGGGCGCUUGCUCGGUUUAGAUGUUGGUAGUAAGUACAUUGGCUUGGCUGUUUCUGACAUUAACAAUAAGAUUGCUUCACCUUUAAGGAAAAAGUCCAAUAUUGAGUUAAUGGCUGAUGAUUUGAAGUGUCUGAUAUCUGAACUUUCUUUGGAAGGAUUUGUUGUGGGCUUCCCUUUAGAUAGACGAAAGAGUACUACUGAGUCUGUGCUAGUGAAGCUCUUCAUAGAUGAACUAUGUAAUACAAACAAACUUACCGGUAUCAAAUAUACAUACUGGGAUGAGCACCUUACCUCAAAGACCGUGGAAAUGCUGCUAAAGCCUUUGAAUUUGCAUCCUGUUCAUUCAAAGAUAUUUGUUGAUAAGUUCGCUGCAGUUAACAUUCUACAGGAAUACCUGGAUUAUGUGAACAGAAGCACAAGAAAUGAAAGUUAGUUAUAGCAAAAAAAAAAAAAAAAAAAAAAAAAAAAAACGUUUAUGCAGGGCGUGCUGGAAUCCCCCUUUUUCCUUGGACCGGCCCAACCCAACCUUUUUUUAUAAUCUAAACAGGAUAACCUGGAAUCUUUCUUCCUCUUCUUCUCUCUUUCAAACAGUUAAUGAAAAAGAUUUAUCUUGGUCUUUUCCUUCAAUGCUUUUUGAUGUUAAUGAAAAAGAAAAAAGACAGCCAACAAGAUUUGAAGAAGUCAAACUAGGACCAAUAUUCUGGCAGGUCUGUUAAUGCUGAAGAAAAUGGUGCAAAAAAAAAAACUGUUAAGAUGGGUUGGAGUAGAAGUAGUAGCAGGAGUAUUAUCUCACUAGCCUUAACGGGAAAUGACACUCUUUGCUUUGCUUCAUUCUUUCUCAGUUUGUGCUUUUAGUGUUAGCGACAAUGGAGAAAGUCGUUGAAGUGGGAGGACAACGUGGGUGCUCGGCCAAGGCCACAGUUUGACUCGGAAGAGCUUGUUCAGUGGUACUGAUCAUUGCUGAGUUUGGGCAGAGGUUUGGGGGCGGCAAUCUGACUUUUGAUUUUUUCUAUAUGACAGCAUACAUUUAGUUACCACAAUUAUUUUGCUUAUUUUCAAAUUUUUUGAAUCAUUUAUAGUUUCCAAACAGGAUUUAAACUAUCAAUUUCAUGUGUCUGUUUUUGUUUUUAUA